GGGAACCGAGUGCGACUUUAGAAGUCCGGAAGACGUGGCCUGGGACGGACUGGCGAAGUGAACUGUCCCGCCUCUUGAGAGUGGCCUCUGCCUGCAUCCUCUCCUCUCUCCUCUUUGGUGUCCGAAGUAUUUAGUACUAUACCUCUGGAAGGACUUUUAUUGUUUUCUCGGGAGCAGAUCCGUAAAAGAAGAAGAAUCUUUUGUGUCUCUUGGAGAGAAGUGUACCAUGUGCUAGAACUGUUUAUAGGCCUCACGGGAAUAAAAGCCUCCAAUAUGAAGCUAUUGGUUUUGGUGUUGUCACUGACCAGUUGUCUAGGUCAGCAAGACCUCCCUAGAGAAGUGAAGUGGGAUUACAGUGAAUGGCAGCCCAUCCUUGCACCUUGCCCUACCUGCAGACACUCAAGGAUCUUGGAAGCUAAGCCUGCACAUAUAUCUACAGUGGCUGUAGGGAAGCCUAUCUUGCCACAGUCUGAGGAUGAAACUUCUGCUGUGGCACAACCCCCACCUGAGGAUACUUCUUCUGUGAUACAGCUUCAACCAGAAGAUUCCUCUUCUGUGUUACAGCUUCAACCUGAAGAUUCUUCUUCUGUGAUACAACUUCAACCUGUUUUCCUGACAAAUCUUCCCGAGAUCAAGCCUGAAAACUUUGUCAAAACUAUACCACCUACUUUCAAGACUAAUCCUUCCGAAAUCAAUGCUAAAAACUUGGUCCCAUCUACACCACCUCGUACACCUGCUAUUUCAUUCCCACCAACAAAACCAGGUUUUCCUUUAACACCAGCUGUGCCAGGUGCUAAUGGAGUCAACCAAGUACGGUUGGUGUACCUCCCAGAAGGUUCCAUUCAACAACUCUCAUCAGCCAAUGCUGCAAGGAUCAUUCCUACAUCUCAGGUCCCUAACCAAAUACGAGAAAGUAUUGAUUCAAUUCCGCCACUGCCCUCCCCGCAAGUUAUUCAGUCAAUUGACUUUUCGGAUAAACAGAAGCGUGACCAUGAAGGACGUAUAGUGUCUGGUGGAGCAACUAAUUCCUUACCCAUGUCAUUGAUUACAACACGUGGCCACGAAAAUGAUGCCCGAGAAAAGUUGAAACUUUUAGAAGCAGCUUUAUCUGCUCCCCUUGAACAAGAGAGUGAGAAGUUACCAAGAGUUUUCAUUGCUCCAUCACACGUACCUCCACCUCCUGGUUAUGUAAAGAUUCCUCUGGUUCCUCAAGGAAAGUCAGAAUCUCAUGGAAAUGAGCCACUUCCGCCCACAUUUCUUACACCAGACUCACGUAAUCCUCCUCCAGGUUUUGUCAAAUUUGACCUUCCAUCAACUGUUAGUAAAUUAUCGAAGGACAUUCCUGUUGUGGUUCCAAAUUCGCAAGUAGAACCAAAUGUUAUAUUCAGUGGACCGACCAUUUCUUCUACUCCAGGUCCCAUCCGUCCAGAUGCUGCUUUGAAUAUCCAGGCCCAGAAUUUACGAACAGGAAAAAAUAUAAUUUCCGGUGCACAAAUAUCUCAAGUUAUUCCCAAGGAGGAAUCAAAACCCACAAUUCCACCCAAGUCUCUGGUUCCAUCAGAUCAAGCAGUUACUGAACCUAGGCGCCCUCCAGGACCCCUGAACUCUUUGCGUCCUAUUCCACAGAGACCAGCUCCACUUCCUCAGAACGGUUUUCAGACUCAAUUCUUUCCGCCACGCCAACCUCCUCAUUUUCCCCAACAGUCUAUACAAAACUUGAAUCAGCCACAUCCCUUUGCUCACAGACCUGGUCAACCACUUCCUUUAUUCCCUGGACAACCUGUAGUGCAACCUUUACCACAUUCUGGUCAAUUUUUCCCCAGGCCAGGUCAGCAAUUUGUACAGCAUAACCCAAGUACCCCAAGGCCAGAUAAUCAUUUUGUCCAGUCAAAUCAGGUAUUUCCAAAUCAAGGUAUCCCAAGGCCACUCCCACCAUUCCCACAGGCAGGUCAGCCUCAUAAUCAACAAUUCUUGCAUUCUGGACAACCAGUCUUGCAACCUGGUCAGGGUUUCCCAAGAAUAAUUCAACAUUUCCAACAGCCAAACCACCCUCUCCCACACCCUGGCCAAAGACCUGUCAACACCAAUCCAAAUCAAAGUGUCUUUAGGUCCCCCAAUGCUCCAGUUCAGUCAGAUUUCCCAGAUAUUAAUUCAAAUUCCUUAAACCAACCCGAAAAUUCUAAUCAUGAGUCAGUUACUCCAGUACCAUCUCCAUCAUCAUCACUUCAGACCAUUCCACCCCUUGUGAAUGCCCCUCAUUCUGUCCCUAAGUCAGUUAUACAGAAUACUCCUCGUCCACAGCUGAUCUCUCCAUUUCCUCAAAAGGAGUUCCCUUCAAGCUCUCCAACACCCACAACUUUCUUCCAGUCAUCACCCAGACCAUUCCCUUCAACUGAAUCCCCAGUAUUUCCUCAAAGGCCUACUUCCUUCUCAACACCAGAACCAGUUUCUUUGACCCCGUUGUCAUCACCAAAUCCAUUCUCUUCCAGCCGCAGUCCAACAACAAUUACGCCUGUUCCUGUGUCUCUAGAUUCACACACUGUUGGUAGAUCUGGUUUUUCUUCAACUGAAAGGCCAGAGCGUUUCACAACCCCAGUUCCUUUCACAUCACCAGAGUCAGUUACUUUUACAACCCCAAGGCCUGCUCCAUUCCCAACCCAAAGGCCUGCUCCAUUCAUAACCCAAAGGCCUGCUCCUUUCACAACCCAAAGGCCUGUUCCUUUCACAACCCAAAGGCCUGCUCCAUUCACAACCCAGAGGCCUGCUCCAUUCACAACCCAGAGGCCUGCUCCAUUCACAACCCCAGAGCCAAUUCCUUUCACAACCCCAAGACCAGCUGGCUUCACAACCCAAAGACCAGCUCAUUUCACAACUCCAACACCAUCUUUUAUAACAACUCCAAGGCCAAUAUUGACCUCUUCACACCCACCCUUUUCCUCACUAAAUCCUCAGCCUGUAACCUUCUCACCACUUCCAUUAUUUGAAACUAGUUCACCUAGGAAUCCAUUCCAGCAAGCAUUUGGAAUUGAAGAGACUGAGUUGGAAACUUUGCCCCCUCUACCUCAUGAACAUCAGAGCAUUGAAAUUUCAGGGGUCAACGAACCUCAAAUUCCAUUUAUACAAGAACCUCAUGUUCAAAGUGCGCAUCCUCAGGUUCCAGUAAGCCCACAAUUUACACCCAGUGAAGAACCUGUGACUGUGCGCAUUCCAUCAUUCCAAAGACCCCAAACAACGACACUCACUCGUUUUCCAGGAGGGUCUCAGUCACCGCGAUUACCUGCUUUCCAAAGGCCUUCACCUUCACUAAUUGCUGAAAAUGAAAAUUCCAAGGAAAUUCAAGAGACUGGAAGAAGGCAGCGAUUACCAUUAUUCCCUAGAUUCCAGAGGCCAAGAGUAACCACGGUUGUACCAGAGGAAGAAGAUCAGACUUUACAACCAGAGAUACUGACAACUGAAUUUAUACCAACAACUACACCAUCCACACUGUCUACACCCUCUCAGCCUACAACAGUGAAGGUCACCACUUUCAAACCCAAGUUUAACUUUAACCUUGGAAACAGGCGUCCAUUCUUUAGAAGAAAACAAAGGCCAACAGAAGAAGAUGAGAAAAAGGAAAAGAUUCCUGAUGACAAGAAACCAGAACCAGUCACCCUAUUCCCUCCAUUUUCAGUAGCACGUACCCUUAACCCCCAGCGUGAUGAUAAGAAAGAAGUUGAUAAAACUUCUACAGCUGGUGAGCCUGGGGUAACUGUUCCUCCAUCAGGAACUUUUGGAAGGCGUAUCAGACCUCGUACAAAGUCACCUUCUGCUCGCUCUAAUGACGAGUCAGAUGCUGAAUCACCAAGACCUAGUGGGGUAAGGGCUCGAGGACCAGUUAGCAAUAGAGCCAGAGAGCUGCCCGAUUGGCUGAAAGCUAGAAGACGAGUUCGUGGCAGAUUCCGUGGCCUUUCUAGUACAACAACUGAAAAUGCCAGAGUUGUUGAUGAUUUCUUAGAGGAUGAUAUUCCUUUAGAUGCCAUAGAAAACAAUGAAUUUAGUGGGGCAGAGUCAACCUUAGUUGUAUUCAGCAGGCCCUUAGAAAAUGCAGUUUCAGGUGCUGUAGUUGGUGAAGAAAUUGAGAAAGUGUUAGAUGAGGAGGGCGAUAUUAAAUAUGAGGAACAAAGUCAGGAAGAAAAGCAAAUUAAGUCAGAUGAUGAACAAGUUGCUGAAGUUGUCACUGAUUACUCCGAAGGAAAUUCCAACAUUCACCAUGAAUCUAGUGUGAUUCCAGAGGAUAUUAUUGCCAGUGCAGAUGCGGGAGUGUCAGUGGAACCACAAGAUGCUGCUGAAUCUUAUGAAGACUACACUUAUGAGAGUACAGAAUCAGUACCAGAGCCUGAGCCUGAGCCUGAAUCAUCAGACAAGUAUGUAGCCGAUUAUAGCAAGUAUGAGGACGACACAGAGGACACAUCAGAGACGUAUAACACCCAUGACCAGCCCCGUAGGCAGCCCCCUUCUUUCCCCAACCCUCAGCCUACCCAACAAACAGUUAUACAUACCUCUGCACACUCACAUCCACUCAUUAUCCCAAAAAUUCCCUCUGUAGAGAAUUCUGAAAUAAAUCCUGUAGAAACUCUUAUAGAUCACACAGUAGAUGAAGUAGAGGACGCCACAGAAAGGUAUGUAGGGAAUGAGAGUAGUGACGAGAAUGAGCUUGUAGCGCUUCUUCCCAUAGACAAAGAGACAGCUGAACUAAAUCUUGACAUUGAAGUUGAUGUUGAAAAUGAAUAUGAUUCUGUAACAAAAAGAACAAAUUUUAGUCAUGAAAAUAAUAGCUCUGAGAUUGACAAUGAAACUUAUCAGCUAGGAGGGGAGGGGGAGGAGGGUGCUGAAGGGGAAAUGGAUGGGGAGUCUCAGGAACAUAGGGAAGAUUCCAGGGAAGAUUCCUACCAGGAGUAUAGUACAGAGCCUCCUGAAAUAUUAACACUUUUCCCUAAUGAUUACUUCACUGCUCUUUCCCCAGGCCAGUUGCAGGAGUACGACUACUAUGAAUACGAUUCCUACGAAGAUGAGGGCAGCAUAGAGGGCGUCGAUCAGAACUUCGGAGGAAGCAGUGCACAAGUGGUCUUCGCUGUGCCAGUCACUGAGUAUUAUCCAGAGGACACAACUUGGAUACAAGAACAGUUUGAAAGUACAGAAGAAAAUGUAGAAAUAAAUGACUCCGAGGUUGCUGUUCCAACCACUGAAGAGGCAUUUCCUAUGACAACUGAAGAACUAGAAGUUGGAAUGGAAGGGAAUGAUGCUACUACAGAUUAUCCAUCGUUGGAUGAGGAUGAAGAUGAGCCAGUUACUGAAAGCCAAGUUGAAUAUGAUGAAGUAACACCUUACUAUAAUAUAGUAACAGAAAUUCCUGAGGAGGAAGUACCUGUGUCUACACUAGAUGACUCUGAAUCUUUUGUAAGCACAGAGAAUACCACAGCUGUUCCUACAACAACAGUUCCUCCUGCCACGACUGUUCCAGUACUUAAUAAUAUAAGCACCCCAUCGACAACAACACCAAGACCUGCUUCUAUACGUCCAUUGUAUGCUCGCCUCCAGAGCAUUGGAAAGAAAGAAGCAGAAGUUGCCAUAAAGAAACUUGGUAGACAUCCUAAAAUUCUUGGCCAGUCUACUGUAACAGAGAUUCGUUCCUCUGAUCCAGUCAUCUGUUUCCGAGAUAACCAGUGUGUCAGAGCACGAGGACAGAGAAGGCGUGGCAACUAUAAGCCAUGAAAUCCAUUCUUGAUUCUUUAUUUAUGACUUCAGUUGCAUUUUUUUCUAUUAGAUAAGUUCAUAACGCUCUUACCAGGAAAUUGGAAUUUCUUAAAACUACCUCCUUAAGCUAAAUCCAUUUAUUUCUUCUAUUAAGAGUUGCCAUUCAUUUCAAGACACCUGUUCUGAUUCUUGUUGCCGAAAAGGGCAACCUGUUAAGAAGCCAAAAUAUAUAGUACUCAUGUAGUAGACAUGCAAGUAGGUAUAAUACAUAUAUAUAUAUUCACAUAAAGAUAUAUACAUAAUUCUCAUGAAGCAUACCAUGUAAAUAUGGCAUUUCAUAAUAGGUGCAUGUUUUUAUAAACAGUAUAUCUUGAUCAUUUCUCUAUGCUUGUGAGUAGAGGAAUGUGAACUACAGUAAGGGACUUGGGUGUGUAUUCUGAUAAUUCCCCAGUCUAUAUCUUAUACAUAUUAUGUGUGUUUAUAUGGUAAAAGAUGAGUUUGAUGAAGUAUGCCUUGGCAUACUGUCAAAUACAUACAAAGUCUUGAUGCAAAUUAUGGGUGAUAUGCAAGCUAUAUCAAAUUUAAACUGAAUAUCAGUAAGCCUGCUCUUUAUCCAGAUUUUCACUUCUAAACUUAGUUCUGUUCAGGUCAUAUUGGUCGAAGCGUUAGAAUUGUUACAGUCUUCAGUAAAUUUUGUUGAACGAAAUGUUGUAAAAACAAAUGGUAUACGCUCUCAAGUUUUGCAUGUACACCUAUUUUGAAAGGGCUGACCAGCGUUUAAGUGUCCUUGACCAGUACAUAUUCUGUACAUUUGUGUAAUUUAUUUAACCCCGCUGUAUGACACAGCAGGUCUGUUGUCAUUAAAGGGAGGCUCAAUCUAAGCAGAAUAGUAGUCACUCUGUUAAGGAAUCACUAAUAUUGUUAUUUAAGCUGUAUAUUAUAUUUUUAAGGAUUAAAGAUUUUUUAUAUAUA